AUGCAGCGGAGUCCUCCUCCUAACGUUAUUGUGUCUACCGCUGCCACUGCUACCACUGCCGUUGCCCAGCGCUCGAGACACCAUAGGAAGAACGCUAGAGUGGCAUUUGACGACUACUUUGACGAAGAGCCUAUUCCGGAAGAUCCAGAACCUGAACAUGAGCCGGAACCUGAACCUAAGGAAGAAGAAGAGGAGGAGGAGGAGGAGGAAGAAGAAGUCGGCCAAGAACAGAAACUCUGCAAGAGGGAAAAGGCCCGUAGCAAAGCAUUGGCAAAACUCUCGGGAGAAUAUCGCAGAGAAGAAGAUAGUGACUCCGAGACGCAGAGUGUCUUUGACUUUAAAGCGGUCUUUCGAAACCUAGUGGCACCUCGUUCCGCUUCACCCUCAUCUUUUCUCCAGGAUGGAGACACACCCGAGGGAAAUUCCCCACCGCUGGCUGUGCGCCCCUACUCAGGCUACGACCAACGCAUCAUUGUCCCAGGGGACAUUACCGGCAGCUGGGUCCUGGAAGAGCGCAACCGUGACCGCACCGACGAUACCUUCGAUAGCCGCGACAGCCAAGACCAGAAAAUUGCGAACCUCAAAAGGGAGCUCAAAGCUGUGGCAAACAGUGACAAGCGUAUUAAUAGCAGCAGCACCAACCCCUUGCCGUUAACAAACAACCAAUCCUCCUGGAUCAACAACUCUGACACAAACACUGAGCACCUCACCUCUAUCUCGCCAACCACCUCCUCCCCUAUCACCGCCCCCUCCUCCUCCCCCCGCCGCUACCCUCCGUCGGGUGAGGGUGCGUAUCAGAAUGCGCAUCCAUACCCACCGUCUUGCGCCUCACCACCCCUCCCGGAUAUCGAAGCAUCCAUGGCGAACCACCCGCUAUCGGCCUUCGAUACCCAUUCCAGCUCGCAGACUACUACUGGCGUGAGGAAGAAGCAUCGCGCCAAGAAGUUUCUCUGGGGGGGGAAGAAGACCCAGGAAGAGGCGCAGGUAGAGGAAGUGGUCGGUGAUGGGAGCGAGGAGAAGAAGGGAUGGAAGAAUAGCCUCAAGAGGAGUGCUAUUGCGAAGUUCUUGAUGGGCGGGGAUUGAGCGCAUGUGUGGUUUUUUAUAUCAUAAGGUU